AUGUGCGCCCAUCAACUGAGAGGCGUGGUCAUUGCUGCUGUUGGCGUUGCGAACGAGGCAUUUCUGCUCUCUGCUCCCAUUUCAGCUUCUCCAGCCAACGACGGCAGCGAAACUAUUUCCAAACUUGCCCUGCGUAGCCUGCUGCGCUUCCCAAUCUCCUUCCACGCUUGCCUCUGCGUCUUCUGGCUACUGCCAGUCAUGGACGGCCAUUUCCGCUGGCGCGCCUCCGCGUCGCCGCCGCACUUGAGUCGCGACGACGGGGACAGCGACGAUCCGGAUGACACUGCCGCGCCCUGUCGCAAAGGGUCCUUGCCGGCCCCUCCUUUACCCCGCGCUCCCUCCUCCUCCGUGACACCCGCCGCUGCGUCUGGCCCCGGGAGGCGCGCGGCGGUGCAGCGCGAGCUGGAGCGGAUGGCGCGGCUGCGCGCGGUGCUAGAUGCGCGAGAGGCGGAGGUGCUGGCGGUUCUCGACUCCGCCUUCACGUGGCUCCGCUGCUCCGCGCAGCCCUGCGUGCCAGAUGCCGCGCAAGCCGCAGACGAGUGCGCGGGAAGCUGGUACGACGGGCGACGGCAGGCGGGACUCGCCACAGUGGUCCUCGCGGACGACGAUGACGAUGGCGCCGCCGCUGUUGCCGCGGCUGAUGACUGUUCCGCUCCGCCUGCUGCUGCGCUUCUCGCACGUCGCUCGUUUACGUCGCCCAUCUGCGACGGACGGAGGAACGGCGCGCGGCCAGCCAAUGGUGGCGGCCAACUGCACUCUGCCGUUCGGCCCGUCGCCCCGUAUUCGCUGGCUGGCGGGGACGAGGGCUCUCUUCCCGCCCAGGCGUCGCAGGCGGCAGCUGUCGUUGCGGGCUGCGCGCCGAGCGCAGGAACUCACGCCGUGGGCGGCGGCGUCGUGGUGCGAGCGGAGGAACCGGGGGAGGGGGGAGAGGUGGUGGUGAAGAGGAAGCGAGGGCGGCCCAAGGGCAGCGGCAAGAAGGGAUCGCUCGCCGCGCUCACUCCGACGCACGCUCCGCCCUUGAUUCGCAUUACGCCCGCCGCUCGUCCUCCAUCCCCCGCCUCAACUCCGCGCGCGCCCGCAACCCCCUCUGCGUCGCCUGCAGAUGCCGAGAAAGCCCGCGUCGGGAGCGGCGAAAUGGAGGCGGCGGCAUGGGGAGAGCGAGGCGAGGUUGGGCGCGACAAGGUCAAGGACGGUCCCGCUGUGGUUCAGUUCAAGGACAACGAGGCGGCGGAGUGGCGGAGAGCGGGCCGUGCGGGGGAUGGCAGCAGCGAGCAGCGCUGCGAGGGCGAGACGGAGGCCUGGCGGAUGAGCGCGUGUAGCGCUCGCCGCGCCAUCGAACCCGCGGGCGGUGGUGGUCCUGGCCGCCCUGCAGCAGCGAGGGCGGGGAUGCAUGGCAGCGCGCAGCGGACAGGGGGCGACGAGGGACCGUUGGGCGGCGGUGCCGGAAUGGGGGCGAGCGGCAGGGGGCGGAAGAGCAAGGGGCCGACAGGGAGGCCGCGAGGCAGGCCGAGGGUUGUUGGCGUGGAGAAGAAGGGGUGCGUGGAUGGCCCGAGGCAAUGGCAGGAGCGGGCGCAGGAAGGACAGGCGGGUAAGCGGGUGGGGGGCGAAGGGGAGAAGGCAGAAAGCAGCAUGGCUGAAGACGACUCAGUAUGGCCCAUGGGCGACGGUGGGGGCCGUGCGGAUGAGGGGGCGGGGGGGAGGGCGGAAGGGGGACCCGUGUACCUGAGCGACCCGGAGCAGCGGCAUGGGCGCAUGCUGGCGGGCGACCUGGCGGCUGUGGCGGGUGGCGGCACAGGCGCCUCCAGCGCUCCCCCCACGCCCAGCGCCGCCCUUGGCGCCUGCUGUGUAGCGAUGGGCACGGGCACGGGCACGGGCGUGGACGAUGCUGCAGAGGCGCUGGAGGCGGUAUGGGGAGAUGCAAGUGGUUCACAUGGGGCUGCUGCGAUGGGCAGUGCUGACGGGCUGCCACUGGAUGACAUGCAGGCGUGCACGCCGUGGCUGCAUGGCGUGGACGGGCUGGCUGGCGCGCAUUGCAUGCAGCGUGGUGCUGUGGCGGUGGCAGGAAAGAGGGUGGAAGAGAGGGGGCAGGAUGGUGGGGGGCGUGUGGCGAAGAUGAGGGGGUCGCACGUUGGGGAGGGUAGUGGUGAUGGGGGCAACGAGGGUGUUAUGGGGCGGGCCAUGGCUCCCACAGCAGACGAUGACGCAGGUGAAGCUGCUGACGAGCCACCUAGUGACGCUCCAGCGAUGAGGGGCUUAGAUUUUCUCAGACGGCUGCAUCAGAACCCUCCGCCCGUCAGCACUGCAGGCCCACCAUCGAGCACCGGCGAAAAACAACCGCCUGCUCGUCCACCUGGUACAUCUGGCGGUGAGCCCGAGAGUGCUCCCGCCACCGUCAGCGUGACGGAGGUGGGCGAGUCUUCGUCUGCCGCCGCACGGAAAAAACGCCGAUUUGCUCAAACCGCGCUCCCGUUCGGCACGCCCCCUCAGAAGCCGACUCCAUCACCGGCGCCCAACAAACAUCCCCCGCGGGUGUCUCGUGUUCUCACCGAUGACGAAAAGGCCGAGGCGAAGUUCGACAAGGCGCUGCAGCUGUACAUCACGCAUUGGCUACCCAAGUUUGAGUGGUUGCUGCUUGACAAGAACGAGGACGGGUUGCCAGUCUUGCGAUGCAGCGUAUGUGUGGAGCACGGGAAAGACGAUGCGAGAUUUGGGCGCAACGGGCCGGGGGGGCGGGAUCUUCAACCUGGCUCUAUGCGCUGUCACGAGCUGAGCGUUCGCCACGACGAUGCGUUGAGGAAGCAGCGGACGCUUAUGGCGGAGAUCGAGACGCAGAAGCGGUUGGACGUCUUUGCAAACGCCGACAAGGAGGGUGCGCGGCUGACUCGUCUCAUGCGGGCCGUAGACUUCAUCUGCACCCACGACGCUCCAAUCGCCAUGUUCCCUCAGCUCGUACAGUUCAUGGCCGAAGAGGGAGUUGAAGGCAUUCCGUUGAAGUCAUACGGUGUCUACAUCUCACAGUAA